ACAAUUAACAAUAAAAAUGUUUGCGGGAAAUCCCCGAUUUACUUUUUGCAUUGCACAAACGAAAGGAAAUAAUCAAGGCGAAUUCAAAUAAAUUCGCCUUCCAAGUAAAUCUGCUAACAAGAGAUCAUAAAACACUCAUUCUGUUGGCAAAGUGUUGGUGGUGUAGUCUUAAAUUUGUGAAGAGUUCAAGUCUUUUUUGUUAAGAAUAUUAUACUGAAUUGCAAACCUCGCCAAGAGUUUAUUGUACAAAACAAAACAUGAAAGGAAAACCAGUAAAAAUGAUUAGCAUUACAAAUGAGGACGACACAGAGAAUUCUCGAAGUAUUUUGAAAUUAAAUGAAGAUGAAUUACUUCCUAUUUUCAUGAGUGAUGCCGUCAAGGAUCGGUAUGUAUCCGUUAUUUCUGUAGCCGGAGCUUUUCGUAAAGGAAAAAGCUUUCUCUUGGAUUUUUUCUUACGCUAUAUGUACGCCAAGUAUGUUCAUCAUAAACUUGAUGAUGGUAAUGGAUGGAUUGGUGAAGAUGAUGAACCACUCACUGGUUUUUCAUGGCGCAGUGGCUGUAAACGUGAAACCACUGGAAUUUUGAUUUGGUCCGAUGUGUUUCUGCAUGAUUAUUCAGAUGGCCGAAAAGUGGCUAUUAUUCUAAUGGACACUCAAGGCACCUUCGAUAGCGAAAGCACAAUGAAAGAUUGUUCUAAUAUUUUUGCCUUCAGCACUAUGAUUUCUUCGGUGCAAAUUUUUAAUAUACAGUCAAACAUCCAGAAAGAUGACUUACAACAUUUACAACUAUUUACGGAGUAUGGUAAAAUAGCAAAGAAGGAUACAGGGAAGCAACCGUUUCAAAAGUUACAAUUCCUAAUACGCGACUGGCAACAUAAAUGGGAAUAUUCGUAUGGUGCAGAUGGUGGAAAGCAGCUACUCGAUUCGCUUAUAAAAAAUAGAAAACCGUUGGAGAAUCAACAGCUUUAUGAAAGUGUGGUGAAAAGCUUUAAUAACAUAGAUUGUUAUUUAAUGCCACAUCCCGGUUUUGUUAUAGAAGAACCAGACUUUAAUGGAUGCUUAAAAGAAAUUCGAACCGAUUUUAAAAAAGCGUUACUUGACUUUAUUCCGAAAAUUUUGGCUCCAGAAAAUUUAAUUAUUAAAGAAAUAAAUGGUAUAGAAUUGAAAGCAACACAUUUUUUCAACUACAUUCAAGAGUAUUUCAAGGUAUUCAACACGAAGGAAUUUCCAGAACCCACUACUAUAUUUAAGGCUACCGCAGAGCUUAAUAAUGAAAUUGUGGCCAAUACUGCCAAAGAAAUAUACGAAGCAGAAAUGGAAAAAUAUGUGAGGCCAGAUGCACCAUAUAUAGAAGAAAAAGAGUUAAAGAAGAUACACAAGGAGGCUUUGAAGAAAUCGACUGAUUACUAUGAAAAUCAUAUAAUACUGGGCAAAGAGAGUUUUCUUAAAAAAUUUUAUGAGAAAAUUAAAAAUUCUGCAAGUUCGAAUCUCUCUCAGUACUUGCAAAUCAAUAAAGGCAAAUUGGCUUUGACAGAGCUCAGAUAUCUUAAGCUUUUAAAUGAAUGUGUUACCAAUUUUAACGAAAAAGGGCAGGAAAUACUGAAGGGCUCACUAAAGGAGUUUGAUCAAAGUAUUGAAGUAGUUAAAUCAGAGAUUUAUAAGCAGUUUACAAAAAAAAACGGGUGCGAAGAAGUCUUUCAAAAGAUACGUAAACAACUUGAGGAAAGAAUUGAAAAAUCUUUGGAUGAUUUGAAAAACCAGAAUAGAUUGCGUUGGAAACUCGCGGAAUCUGAAAUUAAUGUGAAUUAUGUUGAAGCUAAGAAACUUUACGAAGAACUCAUGAGCGCGUCAGAACAGUCCAUAGAAGGCUUAGAGGAGACGCAUCCGGACGCAAAGGAAAAGGCAUUGGAAAAGUUUCGGAAUGUUCCUAAAGAAGGCGUUGAAAACGUGUUUGAAAGUUUCGAAAAGCGUUUGAUUGAAGAUCUUGAGAGCAAGCUUAAUUCCUUAAAAAAAUGGUGUGAAAGUCAACAGACAGCAUUCAGAAUGGAACUGCUUAAAUUAAAGGAGUCUUAUGAAAAAGACAUAAGGAACGAAUAUGAAAAAUUAUUAGCAUCUGAAGAGCUACUUCAAAAGCAUGAAGAAUUUAAGAAGCAAGCCGUUAAGAAGUUCGAUGGCAUUCGAUAUGAUAUUGGGAUGGAAAGAUGUUUCCAAGAAGUACGUCAAGAACUAAUUGCGCUAAUUGAUGAAAAAUUUGACUACUACAGAACCAAAAAUGAGGACAAUUUAAUUAAGUUCGAAACAAGGUGUGCUUCAAAAAAAGAAGAUGCGAAGAAAGCUUUUUCUGACGCACUUGCAGGCAAGAUUGGAUGGUUCGAUUCAGUUGAAAAGGUUAAAGAAAUUUACAAUGCUGCUCGCUGGGACGCAUUGUCAAAGUUCUGCUAAAUAGGAAAUCCCUGCAAGGCUUCCGAUCCUUUGACUGAACAUAUGUCAGGAAGGUAUAACGAUUUUCCCAUCACCUUCUUAAGGCCGAAAUGACAAAUGUGAUGUUUACAUUUGUAUACGUGUCCGUCAUUCUCUCUUUGUUUCCUUGUGCAUUUUCGUCAUUCUUGUCAGACGUACAGAACACAGCUGAACGACAGCAAUAAUGCCGAAGUAAAUCAGCUUUGACAAAUAUACGAGGUGUGUUCGAAAAGUAUCGCGAGUUUUGAAUUUUCGCGG